AUGGUGGGUUUCUACGACUUCUCCGACACCGAUAACGAAUCCGCCAUAGAAGAAAUCAUCUCGCAGGCCCAAGACGCAUGCAUUUUGGACCAACUCUCCGCCAUCAACUGCUCCGGAAUCACCAACUCCGUUCUCCCUUCCCACCUCGAAACCCGUUUCCGCAACCUCAAGUCCUUCCCACCAACCAAACCUCGCAGCAUUCCCACCCCCUCUCCAAGAAACCAUGCAAGUUUCAAACUUUCGCCCUCCAAACAGAAUCCAGAUUCUGGGUACACUUCUUCGCAUGACAAAAAGGAAGUGGGAGAAAAACCUAAAGAUGGUUCUGUUUCUUCGCCCCCGUUUUCCACUUCCUCUGAGGAAAGUUCUAUGUCUUCCAUUUUCAAACCGGCGCAAAAGGACGGUUCGAAAAAGGACUCUCCUUUGAGGUCUUCGAGUUCUCCUUCUCCUUCGCCUCCUCGUAGGAGGGGUUGUUUGUGGUGCUCUCCCAAGAAGAAGGAGCAGAAGAAGAAGAGUAAGGAGAAUUGGGGUGAUGAGUUUUUGGCCGAAUUGGGAAGUUUCUCGAUGAAGGAGCAGCAGAAGAUCCUGAAGAAGGCGAUGAAGGAAGAACAGAAGGUUAGCCGCGAGGCUGAGAAGAUCGUUCAGUGGGCUAAGCAAGCAUCUGCAAAAAUGAAAGCUUCUGACAUUGAUGAUGAACUCAGUGAUUGA